CUCACCCUCUCUGCCCAUCCCCAGCAUCUCCUCCUCCGUACAAACUUCUUUUGGACAGAUGUUGCUCUCUUCCACUCUCUAAGAGCACCCCGAUGGGGUUGGAUCAGCUGGGAUGGAAACAGAAGCUCUUGAUCAGCUCAGGCGCUGAACAUGAUCUGGGUUCAAAAACACUGGAGAUGCGUCGAGACACUAAAAAUGGCCGCAGCAGAUGGAGACCGGUCCAGCCCGGAGCAGAACAACUGCUACUCAACAAACUGAUCAGUGGCGGUUCGAUUGUCAGUGCCGAGGCAGUAUGGGAUCACGUCACCAUGGCCAACCGGGAGUUGGCGUUUAAAGCGGGAGACGUUAUCAAGGUCCUCGAUGCCUCCAACAAGGACUGGUGGUGGGGACAGAUCGACGAUGAAGAGGGCUGGUUUCCUGCCAGCUUUGUAAGGCUCUGGGUCAACCAAGAAGAUGGAGUUGAAGAAGGCACGAGUGAAGUACAGAAUGGACACCUGGAUCCAAAUGCUGCUGACUGCCUCUGUCUCGGGAGGACCCUCCAGAACCGAGACCAGAUGAGAGCCAAUGUCAUUAAUGAAAUCAUGAGCACGGAGCGCCACUAUAUCAAACAUCUGAAGGACAUUUGUGAGGGUUAUUUAAAGCAGUGUCGGAAGAGAAGAGACAUGUUCAGCGAUGAGCAGUUGAAGAUCAUAUUUGGCAACAUUGAAGACAUCUACAGGUUUCAGAUGGGCUUUGUAAGGGACUUGGAGAAGCAGUACAACAACGAGGACCCUCAUCUCAGUGAAAUAGGACCGUGUUUUCUAGAGCAUCAAGAUGGAUUCUGGAUCUAUUCCGAGUACUGUAAUAACCAUUUGGAUGCAUGCAUGGAGCUUUCCAAGCUAAUGAAAGACGGCAGGUACCAGCACUUCUUCGAAGCUUGCCGUCUCCUGCAGCAGAUGAUUGAUAUUGCCAUAGAUGGUUUCCUGUUGACGCCUGUCCAGAAGAUCUGCAAAUAUCCGCUGCAGCUUGCAGAACUGCUCAAGUACACUGCACAGGAUCACAGUGAUUACCGAUAUGUGGCUGCUGCACUUGCCGUCAUGAGGAACGUGACCCAGCAGAUCAACGAGCGGAAAAGGAGGCUGGAAAACAUAGACAAGAUCGCUCAGUGGCAGGCUUCGGUCCUGGACUGGGAGGGGGAGGACAUUUUGGAUCGCAGCUCUGAGUUGAUCUACACGGGAGAGAUGUCAUGGAUUUAUCAGCCUUACGGACGAAGCCAGCAGCGCGUGUUCUUUCUCUUUGAUCACCAGAUGGUUCUUUGCAAAAAGGAUCUGAUAAGAAGAGACAUCUUGUACUACAAAGGACGGAUUGAUAUGGACCGCUAUGAGGUUUUGGAUAUUGAAGAUGGAAGGGAUGAUGACUUCAAUGUGAGCAUGAAGAAUGCUUUCAAACUACAUAAUAAGGAGACUGAGGAAAUGCACUUAUUUUUUGCUAAGAAGCUGGAAGAGAAAUUGCGGUGGCUCAGAGCUUUCCGGGAAGAGCGAAAGAUGGUACAAGAAGAUGAGAAGAUAGGCUUUGAAAUUUCUGAGAAUCAGAAACGACAAGCAGCCAUGACUGUAAGGAAAGUCAGUAAGCAGAAAGGCGUCGGCUACUCCCGAUCCGUUCCUCCAGCAUACCCACCACCCCAGGAUCCACUAAAUCAGGGACAAUACUUGGUAACCGAUGGCAUAGCCCAACCGCAGGUCUAUGAGUUCACCGAACCCAAACGCAGCCAGUCACCAUUCUGGCAAAACUUCAGCAGAGAGCGAAAGUGAAACAUCCAUUAUUUUUAUGAGAAGAUGCUUCCUAAAAAUUCAACUCUAGGGGAAAAACAAGGACACCACCAUCGUCACCUCCUUAGUUACGUCAUAAAUCAAGAUUAACGUGGUCUGACAAGAACCUCUUGUUGGACUGGCAGCUUCUUUCUAAACAUGGGGAGGGGGGAGUAAAGGAAAAUGAAGGGGGAAGGGCUCUACUGACUCGUUGGCAAGGUAAGACAGAGGCUGGCACUUGUUCCCGAGCAAGAGAGUGUGCUCACUCCCCUCCCUGACUUGUCCAGGAACACACCUCCUUCCUACACAAGGUGCUAUGAGGACUGAAGCAAAACUUCAUCCAAACAGCUGCCCCGCGACCCAGGAUUCUGGACCAGGAGACCUGUUGGGACCCUGAAGCGUCUUGUUUCCUUGAAGGCCUUCAUCUGAUUGGAUUUGGGGAGGGGGCACCAAAGGGGAGAGAGAACUGGGCAUGUUGGUUGAACAUUGACUUCAGAUUUCUGUGCCAAACCAAGAGGAAGCUGGUCUGGAGUCACACGGUGCCAGGAGGCAUCCACUGAAGAAGGACAUUGGCCGUACAUGGGAUUCCUCUAGCAGAAAGGAAGAAUCUUGACACUUUAUAUGCAGAGGCAGGGAUUUUACCCUCUGUCUGUAGACGGAUGAAACGUUUCCCCUUGACUGCAGAUACAAAGGAUUUUCUUUUCAAGAUUUCUGCUUCCCCAUCCUCUUUGAAAAUUUAAGGAAAACAAAAACAGAGCAAGAAUCAAUCUAGGUGCAUCUAACAGUUGUAAAUAGACAAUAAAUAGAGGAAAAACAAAGAGAAAAGCAUAUAUUUGAAAUUUGUUUCAGUUUUUGGAUGGACAGUAGCUGUCCUUUUCAGUGUUAUUGAUAGUACACUUGUGAUCCUUUUGGGUUCUCAUUUCGUUCUCUUUAUGCUUACCUUUUCAUUGCAGCUACAUUUCAGGGAACAUGUAUAUUUAGUAGCUAUUGUAAGUUCUGCAUGGCACCACCGGGCUUUUUUUUUCCUGGAGAAGAUAAGAAUGAGCUUGUUGGAGCAUAAUUGCACUUGGAAUGGAGGAACCUAUGCCAGGGAAUGCAAGCAGGGGAGGGAAGAAAAAUCUUAAUUUGGGGCUGAAUACUAAGUUUUUUACAAGGGGAGGCUGUACCGGUCUGAGCAAGUAAGCAAAGGAUUUGGGUGACCCAGCUAAUCCUCAGUUGCCAGUUCUAUUCUUUUGUUUUUAUUGGAUUGUUUGACCCUGUCAAACAAAUGUCGGAGUUGUGUGUAUUAAAAAAAAAUCAAAACAGUGUUUUAAAAAAAAGUGUUGUAAAGACACUGAGCCUUAUGAAAAAAUAUUUAUGGAGUUAAAUAAAAAGAAAUGAAAAGACA